ACAGAACUUCGUAGUAAUCGGAAGAUCACUGAUAUCACGGAACCAAAAAAGGUAGGGUUUUUCCUCUCGAUCUAUUCUAUUCAAGCCAAUUUCAUACUCCCAAUGGGAAAUUCAUCAUCGAUGCUCACUCAGUACGAUAUCGAAGAGGUUCAGGAGCACUGCAAUCAUUCCUUUUCUCAGCAGGAGAUAGUUUCUCUCUAUAAGAGAUUCUGUCAGAUCGAUCGCAAUGGGGGUGGCUUCAUAUCCGCCGAAGAGUUCCUUUCCGUGCCUGAAUUAGCAGUCAAUCCACUCUGUCAGAGAUUGUUGCGGAUAUUGGAUGGAUUGAAUUUUAAGGAAUUCGUAGCUUUCUUAUCUGCUUUUAGCUCUCGUGCCACAUUGCAACAGAAAGUGGAAUUCAUAUUCAAGGUGUAUGAUUCAGAUGGCAAUGGAAAGGUCACAUUCAUUGAAAUGUUGGACAUUUUGGGGGACUUGACUGGACAAUUCAUGUCAAAACAACAGAGAGAGGUAGUCCUGUCCCGUGUUCUUGGAGAAGCUGGAUAUGACCAGGAUUCAUCAUUUGUUCUGUCCGACUUUAUGAAGAUUCUUGGCAACUCAAAUAUGAAGAUGGAAGUUGAGGUUCCAGUUGAUUAAGUUGGCUGUUGUUAGAUUCAUGAAGUAAACUAUCUUUCUUUCGUCCAACAUGUAAUAUGUUAAUCUAGUUUCCUUUAUCGAAUGUAAUGUAUGUCAUUUCAUGACACUCUAAACUUUGCAGUUGUAUUAGUUUCAAAAUCAUGGACCAUGUUAUGGUUUUCAUU